UUCUGCUGCAGCGUCCAAGUUCAGGUGAGCCUCGUCCCCGGUACAACAAGUCCUGUCUCCGGCUCCGGGAUGCUGGCUCCUUCCCGUUAAAUGUGAUGUUAUAAAUGGGCCGCGCAGGAUGUGAAGCGUCGCUAGAAGAAGCAGGAGGAUGGCUAAACCAGGAUCGUGUGCGGCGGUGCUGCUGCUCCUGCUGGGCUUCCUCUCGGUGUCCUCCGUUCAUGCCGACACCCUGCUGUCAGCUCCUCUCAAUGUGACCAUCAGAGAGAUUGAGGUAAACUCCGCCAUGGUCACGUGGGAAAUCUUGGAGGGGGACCCUGUCAUUGGAUUCGCCAUCACCCAACAGAAGAAGGAUGUGCGCAUGCUGAGGUUCAUCCAGGAAGUCAACACCACCACGCGCUCCUGUGCAUUGUGGGAUCUGGAUGAGGACACGGAGUACAUUGUUCACGUUCAGAGCAUCAGCAUGGAAGGCAGCAGCCCCCCCAGUGAGCCGGUCCUCUUCAGAACGCCCAAGGAGUCGGAGAAGUUGGCGUCCAAGAGCCCAGACGAGGUGACAAUGGAGGAGUUUGGUGAGGCUGCUCAGCUGAGGGCUGGAGAGCUCAUCAUCAUCGUAGUGGUGCUCAUCAUGUGGGCAGGGGUGAUAGUCCUGUUUUGUCGCCAGUACGACAUCAUCAAAGACAACGAGCCCAACAACAACAAGGACAAAGCCAAGAACUCCUCAGAGUGCAGUACUCCAGAGCACCCACAGGGGGGGCUACUGCGCAGCAACCUGUAAGACCAGCCCUGCAUAGCUUGGUGCAAUAACCCACUCCUCGAACCUCAGGACAGAACCUGAGACCAACAGAAAGCCAUUCUCAGACACCAUCGUACCAUUAAAGACACUCUUCUCUACACAUGAACUGAACUCACAGAAUCAAAGGCUGCACACAGUCAAGCAGGAAGCAGAAGAGGACAAACCUACAUGUACCUUUGUUGUGACCAAACCUGGACUGUAGUCAGAACAUGGGAGGGGAUGCAAGUUCCCCUUGACGAGAAAUGCUUGAUUCAUGCGUUCUUGUCACUCUUCAUCAAAGUCAUCAAAUCGCAGGAGCGGAUCAUCAAACCUGGAUGUAUGAGUAUUUUUUAUUUUUGUUUGUAUCACAGGUCAGAGAUGGCUGGUCCAGGUAUCAGUCAGCACACAACUAAACAAGCUAAGUUCUGUUUUAAUCUAAGGACUUUCGCUUUUUCUAUCCCUUCAUCCUUCAUUCCCCCUUUCUGUCUUUAGAACAGAACUCUGUGUAGAAGCUCAUCUAUCUCCCUGUGUUGGUGUCUCUCUGAUAAGCACAUUGACGUUUGGUGCUCCUGCUGUUGUGAUUGUUUGAGCCCUCACGAUCCCAGUAUCAUUUUGUUAUUGGAUCAGAACUAUUGCACGUCGAGUCUCGUCUCUUGCCUUUUUCUGUGUCAUCAGUUCAAUGAUGCAUCUGUUUCUCUCCUCCUUCUGAACGGGAACCUUAACACCUCUUGUCAGUUUUGAUGUUUUGUCUCACACCAUAUUGUCCUUAUAUGAGUUGGAUGGUGUCUGAAUACAGCCACGAUUCAGACAGAGUUCAAGGCUUGACCAGGCAACCUCUCAUCACAGUGGUGUCUUACUCCGAAUCUAAAUUGGACAACAACUUCCAGGGUUUGAAAUCCAGAAGUUAACUUCAGUGUCAAACUUUGAAAACACUGGCAUGGCUAGAAAAUGAUUUAGAUUCAAAUUGAGUUCUGUUGUUCAUCACUGCAUAUUCAGCACCAUAUGCUAUCUGUAGGGUGUGCAGGGAAUAGGCGUUUGAGACAUGCCGGGCAUCCUUCCUAAUGAAAUGUGUACAAAGUUUGGCCGAGUUUCCGCUCUGGUUUGGCUGGAGACCAGCGGGGAAGCCAGAAUGUAGAAGCAUACAGAUAACCCACUCGGCUGUGUGGCUGUUUUGAAAUGCAAACCGUUUUCUCCGAGGCCCCCUCUGGGACUAUAAUUAACAUGCAAGGCUGUGAUGGGGAAAGAGAGAAAAAUGCAUUAAAUCCAGGUGUAAAUCCACUAAUGAUGCUCUGCAGAUCGGAUGCCAGCACGAUGUACAGCUUUUGCAGACUGGCUGCACAGUCAGAACUUGCAUGACGAUGUAAUCAACAUGCCGAUAGAUUAUAUUCUUAUCUUUUUAGUCAUUGUGUACAUUGGCACAUAGGUUCUAGCAGAGGUCUUCAAGAGGGGGUCCGCAAAACUUUUGGUUGAUUAGACUUUAAAUACACAUGAACAUGAAUCCAACAUAUUAGACAAGACGUUAUCUUUCAGUCAGUAACGCUCACGUUCAGUAUUAAUUGAAUAGCUUAGUAUUAAAUGCACAAUAACAGGGUAGCUAUGUUUAUACAUGGCACCAGGCCUAGCUUAAUAUAAAACAGCCUUAUAUACAAUAUAUAGUAGGGAGUCCCUGCUCCAUCUCUCCAUCAGUUUGGGGGUCCUUGGCCUGAAGAACGUUGAAGACCCCUGGGUUAUAGGAUUACAGUGAUGGCGUUGUUUUUCACAGUUCAUCGGGGGGGUUGGUAUUCUGUAUUUUCCUUCUUGUGAAUAAUCUCAUGAAAAGACCAAUGAAUGUAUCCUACUGUUAUAACAAGUAGCAGUACAACAUUAACACGUAUAAUAAGUGUUGUAAACACAUGAAUGAGCCAAGUUGUUGCACUCUGUGACACAUUCCUUCAUUACAAUGAACCUGGGAACUGUAGUUUGUUUAGAGUCUGGAGAAACGCUGUUUUAGGAAAUGACUAAGCUUAAUUUAAAAGUUUCACUCGAUAUUUGUGAGCCUUUUAUAAAGACCCACUUAUUCAGUGAGAACAGAUGAGUUUAGAGCUGAGACUCGGACUAGUUAGGACUUAUUCAUGGUUGGUUUUGGUCUUUUCAUGGGACUAUAGAACAAUUGCAGCCUAAUCCUUAAAAGCAAAAACUAAUGUGUAAAUUAAUCAAUGAGGAAAAAUCCUCAUUAUUUGCAGCACACUCGGACAUCCUGUUAUUAAAGCAGAAAUCAUAGCGUGCAUAAUCACAACCUUCGCACUAGCAAAAGACCUCAUCAGCAUUAUCCAGCAAAAGAUAAAGCUACAUUAUCUACGUGUGGGCUUCCCGUUCAAUUAUGAUAUGUUAUCCACACAAUCGCCAACACACAUUGGACCCCAACCCCCGAAUACCGACGCUCCCCAGCUGAGUUCACGAAAAAGUCAGACAGAAAAAUGCUGCAAAGCUGAACUCAGCAGACUUGCAGCUGUAUUAAAGAUAAUGAGCAAAUGUCUGAAUGCCUCGCUGGAUGAGAUGACUGCUAAUCAUCACCACAUACACACACACACACACAUACACGCUGGAUCUUUAUAUACUGCCUUGCGUAUUUAAAUAUUGCCCUGUGCCGAGAGAGACAGCCAUUACUUUCCCAUCUCAAUCACCAGCUCUGCCAGCACACCGAACCCUCUGCCCUCUCAUCCAUUUCUCUCUCUGUCCACUCAAUCAGCAUCUCUCUCUCCUCUAUCCUCAGCCACCCUCAUCCGCCUUCAUUCUCCCAUUUAUGUCUUUCUACCCCUCUGUCGUAAUGCUCUCUUUCUCAUAUGUCACUCCACCCUUCCUGGUUUCUCCCCUUCACCAGUCCCCCCCCCCCCCCUGGCCAGCUUCCCUAUCCCCUGUUUCUCAUUAUAUCCACUCUCAGACUCCCGUUAGCCACCGUCUCCCUCUCCGCAUCAGCUCUUUUCUGUCUCAUUCGGCCGCGGCCCACUGUCUGUCCCUCGCUCCUCUUCUAAUUUAUCACCUGGUCGUCUCAGACUGUCCUGGUUGGACACUUCACCUGGUAAACAAGUGAGGUGAAGUAGACUAGACGAGGAGAAUGAAAGAGGAGAACUGACAGGAAAGGUAGUGAUAAGAUAGGUCAGGAAAAAGAAGCACUUUAUUUACACUAUUAAUAAGCACAUACCUAAAGGUUGAGUUGUAUAAAUACUUUUAAAAAGGAGCAGGGUUGAGGUCAAACAUUGCUUUUCAUCCUGGUGAUAAGCUACUCUUAAAUGUAGGAUUCAUUCACUCAACAAUCUGUCAAACUAUAAGAAUGUGUGUAAAACAAAUGUAUCUGAAGGGAGGAGAUUAAAAGAAGCUGGUUGUAGAGAGAUACCAUCUGACAUUAAGACAGAAAACAUGCACAGACCUUUUUGAAACAUAUGAUACUUGAAGUCAGCAAAUCUGUUUCCUCGUCGCUGUCAUGUCUCGUCUCCUUCUGUCAUGAAGAAGAAGAGAAGAACAGGACAAGGACCAGAAUCUCGUUGGCAUUAAAAGACUUUUAGAGGCUUACAUUUUCAUAAACUCUUCAUUCUUCACCUCGAUUAUUUACAGCAUGUUAAAGUUUGCUCCAUCCAGCUUUGGAAACCUUCCCCACACAUGUUUCUGGCAUUGAAUUUGGGGGGUGAUGUGUCCAACCAUUUCGGGUAACUUUCCGAAAGCCACUUCACGCUGUGAUUGGCCACCUGAGUGGAGGUGAGAAAUCACCAUCAAUGUCUUCCAGGAGAGACAAGGUGAACUUUUCUAAAAUUCUCAAUAAACUGGCUGCAUGGGGGUUAACACCAUCUGGAUCAUUGAAUAUUAAUAUAGUGGGUGAUAAAAGCAUGAACGUGCUCAAUAAGCGUAAUACUAUUGAACCUGAGGCGGUAAUUUUCCUGUAUCGGUCUAAUCUAAGCACGUAGACACGCUUACACACUCACUCAUGUACUAAGUCCAUUUCCCGGCUGGCUGCGGUCCAAAGUGACACAUCGGGGGUGGGGGGGUGGGGGGGGCAGCAGAAGGCAGGUCUGAACCAGACAGCUCUGUCUCUGUCUAACUGAGGCUGCAGGAGGCGACAGCUUCUCAAGGUGAACAUCCAAUGAGGCAUGUGCUAAUAUGGAGCCUGGGAGACAGACCUAGAGACAGAAAGAGAGAAGGGAGGAUGACUCAUUGAAUCGGAGGGGAUUAAAAAUGGAAGUGACGGCCGUGAAGAGAGAGAAGAUCAUUGCUGUUGGGUUCGGAGUGUCAAAGCUCCAAGUUCAGUCCAAUAUCAUCGACGUUUGAAUGUUGAGGUGUUGGUGAGUUGUGGAGAAAUCUGGACACGGAGACAUUUGAACUUUAGGGUUCAUCUAUGAAGCAAAUGUGAAAGAAAUAUUGACAUAAAUGUAUUUGGAAACCAGAAAAAACGAAGUUUUUAUCAACAUGUGUUUGAAACUGUGUCCGUAUAUCCUGUAGAACAUACGUUCAUGCACUCGAAACACAAGUGAGAAUGCAGUUUUGUAGGAGACAGACUUCCAAUGGCCAAAUAUAUCUAAUCAACCAUUGGUUUGUACCCAUUGAUAUGACCCAUACAAUCUCGCCAAAGAAAGAUUAUUCCACUUGUACGGAUGUUUUAGGCCCUCAGUACUUAGUAAAACUAUAAAACCUGAAAUGUUAACAUGAUAAAUAAUCCAGUUCCAUUGUCCCUCUACGACACCAUGAGCCUCCCAUUCACCCUGUUUGCCUGUACUGUAGAUAACUGGAUGAGAACCUGAGGUCCUACACAUAGUUAAGUAUAGGGCCGUUUACUUAUGGCAUAUAUUUGUCCUUGAUGUCGAAGCAAAUAACCAAGAAGCAUGGAUUUACAGCAGAAUAAUGGAGUCAGUGUUAUAUGUACAAUCAUGACGUCUGUGUUUCAACCAUUUUGAUGUUCAUGGGAUAAAACCUGUUCAUGAGGGCUAGCAUGACUCUGCUAUCGUUCACACCCAUGGUAUAUAUGCUAUUUCUAUGAAAAUAUAAAUGUCUAAUUAUGUAUUAACACAGGAAAGAAAUUAAAUAUUUUCAAUGCAC